AUGGGGAGGAAGAGGGCGUAUGACGUGCGCCUGUUGGUAGGGAAUGAGGACUGGACAGGCACGGGGCCGCUUUGGUCCAGCCACACCGACCCUUACAGCUCAGUCGACAUACGCUCUGAUUCGACACGCAGCAUUGCUGCAGAAUGUAGGCAGCGGUUGCAGGAGCAGGGGGUCAAUUUGGGUGUGAGCUGCGAGCUGAUCGAGGCUGACCUUGCUGCGGCGCUUCCAACAGAUGCAAUCCUGCGGGCUUUUCGCAAAUGGGGCAGCCCACUGCACCUGGUUCACAGCAGCGCGCACCCGCCCCGGGCAUUCUGGUUACCGCCUCAGCUCAGAUCACUGGCCACCAACGAGCGGGGACCCAUCCCACGGCAGGCAGAGUCAGAGAGAUGGUUGCAGCGCUUUGUUGUGGAGCAGGUUUACGAGGGGAAGGUCACAAAAGAUGCGAGCAGAUGCAGGGAGCUCGCUGCGGGGUUCGAGAGGCUCACGGGGGCUGUGAAGGGUCUGCAGGGGCUGCCAGUGCAAGAAGCCCGCGCGCAUGCCUUGGAGAACUGCUUGAGUAGGCUCACAGAGUGCAGCCUCCGGGAAAGUGAGCUCGCAGAGAGGCUUGUCAGGCUAUUGCGCGACAUGGACCAGCGGCAGGAACGGCAGGCUGCUGCUGUAGCAAAGAGCAAGGAGCAGCUGCGAGUGGAGCGGGAGAAGAGGCAAGAACAGAGCAGAGCUGUGCAGCAGCUGAGGGCAGAGAAGCGGGAUCUGGCAGAGGAGUUGAAGCGGCUGCGGGUCGGUGGGGGGCGCUUGGACCGGGCAAAGCGCGGGCGGAUGCCGGAGAAUAAGCGGCUGCAGGUCGGGCAGGAGUUUGUGUGGCCGAGCAAGAGCUUUGCGUCCAAGCUCGAUGCUGCGAUGCGGGAGCACAUGCAGGAGGAGCGCGAGCUGUGCAGGCCGCGGAGGUUCAAGCUUGCCAAAUCAGAGCACGUGGCGUACGUUGCUGAGGGAGACAAACGGAGGGCAUCCACCGUGCUGAUGCCGUCCCAGGCCCGGCCGUCCUAA